UCUACAACAUAUCCAACUUUCAGAGAACGUAUUGAAUCAGAAAAAUUCAACACUCGCCGGAAAAGUCGCCGGAAAAUCAUCGGAAAAGCCUAUACUCGACAUAUACUACGUACACACAUCAAUGAAUCAUCACUAAGCAGGUGCGUAAUUUUUUUGUAGUUUCGAACAAUUUUUCCGACGAUUUGAAACGAACAGACGGUGGGCCGAAAAUUUCCGGUGGCUGUAACCUGGCCGGGCCAAAAUUUUCCGCCCGGUCAUGUUCCGGCCACCGGAAAUUUUCGGCCCGGCCAGGUUCCGGCCACCAGGAAAUUUUCGGCCCACCGUCUGUUUUUGCAAUUUUUCUGAAAAAUUUGAUUUUAGGAGUUGAAUUUAGAUUUUAGGAGUUGAAUUUAGAGUUUAGGAGUUGAAUUUAGCAUUUAAGAGUUGAAUUUAGCGUGUAAGAAUUGAAUUUAGAGUUUAGGAGUUGAAUUUAGCGGUUAAGACUUGAAAUUAGCGUUUAGGUUCACAGGAAUAUUGAUGUAUUAUAUUGUAAUUGUAGGAAAAAUGUCAGAGUUGUUACCGGCCGAUCAUGAUUACACACAGGAAUUUGAGAAUGGGAUCCAUUAUGCAAGUGUGGAGUUAGCUGAGUUAGCUGCAAAAACAAUCGCUCAGCAGUGUGGGUUCUUUAUUAUUAGAGGAGCAUGGAAACCGAAUACUGUUGGACUACAUCCUGUUAGUGCCCUCUGUAUGUAUUGCGACAGAAGUAGUAGGAUCGUUAAGUCUUAUAAACCAGACCCUACGAAGGAGACGCGUGGGAAUAUUAGUUCGAAGGGUACUGGUUGCCAGUUUCAUAUAUGUAUAAAGGAAGUAUGGCAAGAGAAUGGUCCAAACACAUGGGUCAUAGUGGGAGUGACAAGUCGUGAAACCGGAGCUGAUAGAGGGUUUCACAACCAUGAAAAGGUGUUGUAUCCAGAACAUCACCGACACAACAAACAGUUUAGUGAGGCUGAAAAAGAGAGGUUAAAAUUAAUGAGGAAGGCGGGGGUGAGACCAAAUCAGCAGAAGACGACACUCAAUACUGAAGGGGGUGUGCAUCAUGAUAUCAAACAGAUGUACAACAUAAAUUCCAAGACAAGAUUGGAUGAGAUGGGUGAAAUGGAUGCGAUACAGUUUACGCUUCACGGAGCUGAACAUCGUGGGUACCAUAUCUGUUUGCAAAAGGACUCUAAUAAUGUGCUCACUAAUCUGUUUUUUGCGCACCCGACGUCCAUUCAGAUGUUGCAUGCAUGGCCGUACGUCAUCCUCAUUGACUCGACCUACAAGACCAACAGGUACGGCUGGCCAUGGGUUGAGAUUAUUGGGGUUACUCCAGUGAAGAAGAAUUUCAACAUUGCAUGUGCAAUUAUUAAGCAGGAAACAAAGGAAACAUAUGAGUGGCUGUUGCGAUGUAUUAAAGGGUUGCUCGGUGAUACGGUUCCGAAUGUCAAUUGUGACAGACAAAGAAGGUGGUUUGCUUGCUUCUAUUCCUGUGGUCUUCCCUCUCCCACAUACUGUCCACCUACUAUGUUUAUGGCACGUCAACAACUGUGUGAAGCAAAAGUUUGAAGUGUUACUUGGUGGAAUUGCAAAAAGAGAGGUAGCACAAGCGGUAUGGAAGAAAUAUUUCGACAAAGCUGCAUGGAGUUGGACUCAGGAGGGUUUUCUUCAAAAGAUUAAUGAGUUUGAGAGGGUUUGGACAGUGAAGAACAAAAAAAUGGUCGACUACGUGCGAGGUGAGUGGUUGCCUCAUCAGACAAUGUGGGCAAAGUGCUACACGAACCAUGUGUUUCAUCUUGGUAACACGAGCUCGAAUAGAGUUGAGUCAUCUCACUCUUCAUUCAAGACUUUCCUUGUGUCUGGUAGAGGAGCGAUCGACACUUGUUUUGCGAAGAACCACAACUACAUGGAACAACAGUUUCUGGAAGUGGUGAAUGAACUGCACAAGUCACU